CAGUAUCAGUCUGUGCGCCGAGGAUGAUGAUGUGAUAUUAGAAUUCGAGUGAAGUGCGCGUAUUCAAACUUGUUUGUUAAUGUUGUAUUUUGUAAUUCGGUAUUUAUAAUUUGAAAUUUAAUCGUACAGUGAUUUUUUUCCACCAUGAAUAUAACUUCAGCAGCUGGAGUUAUAUCGUUGCUCGAUGAGCCCAUGUCGCAGCUGAAGGCUUACGCCUUGAAGAAGUUGGACUUCAUUGUCGAUGAGUUUUGGCCCGAGAUCUCGGAAUCCAUUCAAAAAAUCGAAAUAUUAUACGAAGAUAAAGGAUUCAAUGAGCAAAAACUAGCUGCGUUGGUCGCCAGCAAGGUUUACUAUCAUUUAGGAGCGUUCAACGAUUCGGUUCACUAUGCUCUAUGUGCUGGUAACCUCUUCGACGUGAAUGAUAGAUCCGAAUACGUUGAAACUAUCAUCGCUAAAUGUAUCGAUCUCUACAUUCAAAACCAAUGCGAACGGUUCGAAAAAAUCGACGAGAACGUCGAAGUUGACGCCAGAUUGGUAGAAAUAGUAAAUCGUAUGGUUAAAAGAUGCAUCGACGAUGGUCAGUACAAACAAGCUCUAGGCUUAGGCUUGGAAACACGUCGUAUGGAUAUCUUCAAAAAUUCCAUCACCAGUUCCGAUGACGUCGCUGGUAUGCUAGCGUACGCCUUGGGAUUGGCGUUGAGUACUAUUGAAAGUCGUAAAUUCAGAGAUUGCGUUUUACGUGAAUUAGUUACUUUGUAUCGUGACCUAGAAAUCCCAGAUUACGUAAAUAUGUGUCAAUGUUUUAUAUUCCUCGACGAUCCCGAUUCCGUAGCCAAAGUUUUAGAGAAAUUGAGCAAGCAGUCUGAAGAAAGUAAUCUGAUGGCUUAUCAAAUUGCUUUCGAUAUGUACGAAUCAGCACCGCAGCAAUUCCUUUGGCGAGUUAUCGAGGCCUUAAGAGUUACUGCACCUGUGCCGUCGGCUGCCCAUCAUAUUGUUACUGUACCCGUUGAAGGCACCUCUGAAGCUUCUCAGGCGACCGGAGGAACAUCCACCGAUAGUGCUACCACUUCCAUCGAGGAACAUGUCGAAAAACGUGUAGAAAAUUUGAGCGACGAAGAGAAACGACAACAAGAUCAUAUCCAAAAACUAACCAGUAUUUUGAGCGGCGAGCAGUCGAUCGAGUUACAUUUGCAAUUUUUAAUCCGUAGUAAUAAAACCGAUAUGUUAAUUUUGAAAAAUACCAAAGAAGCUAUCAGAGUCAGCGUUUGUCAUACAGCCACCGUCAUAGCUAAUGGAUUCAUGCACGCUGGUACCACUAGCGACCAGUUUCUGAGAGAUAACUUGGAAUGGCUUUCUCGUGCCACGAACUGGGCCAAAUUAACAGCUACUGCGUCUCUCGGAGUCAUUCACCACGGUCACGAGCACGAAGCUCUCAGCUUAAUGCAAAGUUACUUGCCUAGAGAAACGGGUCCAACUUCUGGCUACUCCGAAGGAGGCGGAUUAUACGCUCUCGGUUUAAUUCACGCCAAUCACGGUACCGCUAUCAACGAUUACCUCUUGGGCCAGCUCAAAGAAGCUCAAAACGAGGUCGUUCGUCACGGCGGCGCUUUAGGUAUCGGUUUAUCGGCCAUGGGCACUAAUCGAAUGGAUAUCUACGAUCAGCUGAAAUUUAAUUUAUACCAAGACGACGCCGUUACCGGAGAAGCCGCCUCCUUAGCUAUGGGCAUGCUGAUGAUCGGUUCCAAGUCGUACUCAGUCAUUAACGACAUGAUCUCCUACGCCCAAGAAACUCAACACGAGAAAAUCCUACGUGGUUUAGCCGUCGGUAUCUCACUCAUCAUGUACGGAGCCCUCGAAGACGCCGAAGGAGUCAUCAACACCUUAUGCCAGGAUAAAGACGCCAAUCUACGAAGAUCCGGAAUGUAUACAAUUGCUACAGCGUUCUGCGGUACCGGAAGUAAUUAUGCUAUACGCAAAUUACUUCAUUUCGCGGUAUCAGACGUGAACGACGAUGUACGCCGAGCAGCAGUCAUGGGAAUCGGAUUUAUUCUAUUCAGGACACCGGAACAAUGUCCAAGCGUGGUCAGCUUACUGGCGGAAAGUUACAAUCCUCAUGUGAGAUACGGAGCUGCAAUGGCGUUAGGUAUUGCAUGCGCCGGUACCGGAUUAAAGGAAGCUAUCGCUUUAUUGGAUCCGCUGACCAAUGAUUCUGUGAAUUUCGUACGUCAAGGAGCGUUGAUCGCCUCUGCUAUGAUCUUGAUUCAGCAAACUGAAGGCCUCUGCCCUAAGGUCAAGGACUUCCGAACCCUGUACGCGAAAGUGAUCACCGACAAGCACGAAGACGUCAUGUCUAAAUUCGGAGCCAUUCUCGCCCAAGGAAUAAUCGACGCUGGAGGCAGAAAUGUGACCAUAUCGUUAGAAUCACGUACCGGUCAUGUAAACAUGAAGGCAGUAGCUGGUAUGAUGUUGUUUAUUCAGCAUUGGUAUUGGUUCCCGUUGGCGCACUGUUUAGCGUUGGCUUUCACACCUACGGCUAUAAUUGCGUUGAAUUCUAAAUUAAAAAUGCCUAAAAUCGAAUUCCGUAGCAAUGCUAAACCUUCGUUGUUCGGUUACACUCCACCGUUGGAAGAGAAAAAGAAAGACGAUCGGGAAAAGGUAGCCACAGCUGUAUUGAGUAUCGCUGCUCGAGCCAAGAAACGAGGUGUAUCGGUGAAGCAUGUAUUGGAGACUCCUUCGGCCGCUGUACCUAGUACUUUAUCGGUAUCGAAUGUAGCUUCGGCUUUGUCAUCGUCGUCGUCGACUUCUUCGUCGUCUUCGAAUGCUACCGCUUCCAAUGCUGCGGAAAAGAUGGAUGUGGACGAAGUAAAGGAAGACGAUAAAAAGAAGGAAGAUAAGGAUAGUAAAGAUAAAGAGAAGGAGAAAGACGGCGAAAAGAAACCCGAGGAGAAGAAACCGGAACCGAAUUUCGAAAUACUUUCGAAUCCUGCUCGUGUUAUGAAUCAACAGCUGAAACACCUCCAGUUGGUGGAGGAAAACGCGUACAAGCCGUUGAAGGAUAUAACUAUCGGUGGCAUUAUACUUUUCCGUCACGUUAAAAAAUCUCACGAGGAUAAAGAAGAACUCGUCGAACCAGUGGCUGCUUUUGGGCCGAAAUUGGACGACGAAAAGGAAGCCGAUCCUCCCGAACCGUUCGAAUUCAAAGACGAAUAAAUUAAACGCAUUUGAAUGUUGCUUUUAUUCACGAGUCUAGCUCGUUUAAGCUAAUAGACGAAUAAGAAGUUAAUUAAUAAGAUGAUUUAAUAUUCAUAGCGCUUCGUGUGAAUGAAUUUUUACUCUUUAGUGUUUUUUUUCUCGCUCUUUGUGAGUUUGAUUUUAUUUUAAUUUUUUUUCAUUUUCAAUGUGCGUAUAAUUUUUUUUCCUUUUUCAUUAAUUAAUUGAGUAAAAUAUUAAAGUAUC